AUGACGUCUCUGCUCACUCAAGAAAUUCGCCUUUCUAAAAGACAUGAAGAAAUAGUAUCACAAAGAUUAAUGUUACUUCAACGAAUGGAGAAUAAACCUGCAGAUCAAAACAAGGGAAAGGCCUCACAGACACAAGCAGCUAAUGCUGCUUUACAAAGGAAUGUUAGUCUUUUAAAGGAUAUAGAAGCAGCAGAAAAGUCUCUACAGACCCGGAUUCAUCCAGUUCUACCACCUGAGGUGGCUGCUCUUGAGACUCUUUACUGGGCAUCAGUAGAAGAAUAUAUUCCCAAAUGGGAACAGUUUCUUUUAGGAAGAGCACCGUAUCCUGCUAGUAGUGAAAAUGGAAAUGAAGCAGAAGAUACCAUUCAAAAGAGGGCACAAUAG